AUGACACGAAAAUCUGAAGAAGAAAUGGUAGACCAAUUUUUGAACUAUGACGGAGAGGAAAGUGGCGCUACCGGUGUAGAAAGCAGUGCUGCAAAUAAUAACGCCGAUAAAAAUACUAACUUAGCAACUGCGGAUAAAGCGGAUCAAAAGGUUGGUGCAGAAAAAGACCAAAAUGAGAAACAACCUGAAAACACUUCGGAACAAGAACCUGCCAAUGGUUUUGGCGAGGAUGAUUGUACUUGGGAAGCUGAGUCUAACGUCUACGCGGAUGACCUUGUUGAAGAAUACUGGUCAAAGAAAAAAGAGGAAGAAACCGCAUCAACAUCAAAAUCGAAGGGGAGAAAGAGGGCCGCACAACCAUCAUCACCUGUUAUGAAGCAAGAUUCUAAAAGACAGCGUAGUUCAAAGAAAACAAAAUCACCGAGAACUAAGAUGGAAGAAGAUGAAUUUGAUGAAGAUUGGGAAAAUCAGGUUGUUGCAGUUGAGACAGUUACACGUGAUGAUAAAACCGGUGAACUAUUGGAAAAAUGGGGAAACAUCCAGGCAUCCAGCGAAAGAUGCCAACGCAAGAUGUCCCCAGAAGAAAGUUCUUCAACCGCAACCGAACAUACUUGUCCUGUGUGCAAUAUCAAGUGCGCUGCUGUCGAACUGAGCGAUCAACUUCCUCCAAACCUCAACAUGUUUUUUCGACCUGCCCAUGAAAUAAUGGAUGAAGCUGCUGAUGUUUUGAGGCAAACAAAUACAUUUUCGUUAUUAAGAUUUUUGAAAGAUGAAGUAACAAAGCAAAAACAAAUGCUUGACAAAGCGAAAGACGAAUUACUUCAAUAUAAAGAUAUAAAAAAUCAAUUACAAGCAAUUAAAAAAGAAAAUCAACGGCUAAAAGCUCAAAUACAAGAUGUUCGCUCAAGCAUAGCUAUAAAUGAGACGACGGAAUCCCCAUCAAAGCUUAAUUCUAGUUUACGAACUCGUAAACUAUCCGGUGAUCGUCAUAGCAAUCAUAGUAAUCAUGUAUCGCCAAAUCAGCCAAGGACGCCAAAUCCACCAACGCGUUUGUCAUUACCAGAUAGUAGUUCACCUGUUCAUAGCUAUUAUAAUCAUAAUGGCAAUGGAUUUACACCAGACAAUCAACCAUUAUGGAAUAAAAGUGAAGGAUUUGAUGAUGGAGUAAUGUCAAAUAAAAUAAAUCAUGAUAAAGGUUUUAUUGGCCAAUCAUCUAAUAAAACGUAUUCGGCCUUCAUUAAUGAUGGUUACGAAAAAUAUUCUCAACAAUCAAGGUUGCAAUCAUUUCCUCGUCCCGGAACGGCUUCAGGUACACGUAUGACAUGGAAUCAGUUGCACAAUGAUGCUGGAUAUCUAACGCGGCCUAGUACACCAAUUAUGAAUGGUUAUGGAACACAUACUCGGUCCAUGACACCAACAAAUUUUCAGGCAUCACGAAUUUCUGCUCGGCCCUUUUUACUGCCUUCACAUUCUGAUGGAUCAUCUUUUAUGGCACCACAAACGCUGCCACGAACUCCCGUAAUGAGAAAUCGUAGUGCGUUACCAGGAUUAAACAAUCAAAUAUGGUAA